AUGACACUGAUCCCGACCCACUCGUUACAGAGGUCAAUAACACUUUCUACCAGCCAACGUGACUCCAGGGGCGUUGUGGGAUGGGAUGCAGUUGAUGCCCUUGCAGCCUACCUAGUUGACUUGAACCGCACCAUCACCGCGUUGUCAGCCAAGGAGGAGGCAGACAUAGUCCACCUGUACACAGCUCUUAAUGCCAUGGACAAGGCACCUUCAAGAUGUUCAACGCAACAAUGCCUACCCUUUGAACUUGUGGAAUGGAGCAAAGCUGGUCCAAUCACACAGUAUUUACUUGUUUUUAGAGAUUAUGAUUCAAGUGUCGAGAUCCCACAGCAAAGGUACAAGAGUCGAGUAAAGCUGAAGGACCUACAGAAUGGAGAUGUGUCUCUGAUCUUGAAGAACCUGAAGGCUGAGGAUAGAGGAUUAUAUGAGUGUUAUGUUGUUGGAAAACCGAACUGCAAGAAGAGGGACAUCCAACCAAUUAGCAAGAUCUACCUGGAUGUUCUUCCUCCUUCUCCAGGGAACAAUCAUCGAAACAAAGACGAUGAAGCGAACACGGAUGAAAAGGACACACCUCUAAACAGUCAAAAAGAAAUGAUGGUUGUUGUGGCUCUUACAGUUGUGUUUGGUAUAACUCCGUUCAUUCUGUCGCUGAUUGUUGGUUUCAGAGCAGUAUACUGUUGUUAGCACUGUUCUGAAACCGGUUCUUUAUUCCAUGAAAGAAUUGUCUCAAAGUAAUGCAAAAAAGGAAAGGUUCAGAAACACUUUUUUUUUAUAUUGAGUGAAAGUAUUCUACCAUCCUGACAGUUUUCAAUACCUUAUGGAUUCAGAAAAAUGAGACAUCUUAAAUUGUAUGAAAGAACAUUGACAUUGUUUUGCAUGUUGGAAAAGAUCAAUACUCUUACAAGGAGUGUGCAGGUCAGCUGGCUGGAGUCCUUACAGACAUUUUCAACACCUCACUCGACCGACCCGUAGUGCCAGCAUACUUCAAGUGUUCCACCAUCGUUCCGGUCCAUUAAAAGCCUCAGGUCACCUCAUUUAAUGACUACCGAUCUGUCGCACUGACUCCCAUCAUGAUUAAAUGUUUUGAAAGGCUGGUUAAAAAACAAAUCGUCUCCAGUAUCCUCCCAACUUUGGACCCAUUCCAGUUCGCCUACAGACGGAACCGCUCCACUGAGGACGCCAUCUCCUCUGAUCUUCACCUGAGCCAUGUGGAUGCUGUUCCUGGACUUCAGAUCAGCUUUCAACACCGUCAUCCCACAGCAUCUGAUAGAAAACGAGGACUGUUAGCUAAAACAACUGAAGCACAAAACAUAAACAUUUUAACAGCCGACUGAACCAUUAAAGGUACAAUUUUCUGAGCAGGAAGGAUUAAAUUCUGCAGAGGACAUAUCUGCAUGUUUACCUCAGUUAUUGAUUUUCUAGGAAUACAUUUGCAUGAUAGGAAAACCGGGAGUUUAAAAUAAAUUAUUAUCUCCUGUUCUAAGAAAGUACUGAUUGUGCAGCCUAAUUUGCCCAGGCUGAGCUCAUUCUGCUGGCUGUUAUCAUGGUUUAAUUCUAUAUUUGUUCUACCAGAGGAUGUUUCAUCCACUUUUUCUCUACUCAACAUCUCUUUAAUUAAUGAAGUAAGCAUUCAGCCAGUAUAUCUAU